AUGAUCCGUGGCGUGGUGUUUCUCAGUGCCUUCAUUCUACUCUUUUCAUACUAUGUAUAUUCCCCAAUGCCGUAUGGGAUAGCAGAGCCCACAAAAUUGAUGUUUGUUGACGCCGCAUUUCGAACAGUGCGACAUUUGGCCAAAGCAGGGGACGCGCUCGGAAUCCAGUCAGAAUCAGACACACUUCGUAUGUUAGAUACCGCGUUGUACCUCCAAGAUGUGCCGAAAAACAUGCGAGCUUACUACCAUAACUUCGACAGUGUUCGGGUACGGGUAUAUGAACCAGCUAAAAGAAAGGAAGAGUACAUUCCAGCACUUGUUUACUUCCAUGGCGGUGGAUUUAUCGCCAAUUCCAUUGAAAUGUAUGACGAGGCGAUGCUAAACAUCGCACGGAAACUGAAGAUGGUUGUCGUGUCGGUGGACUACCGACAAUCUCCACAGUAUAAGUUCCCCAUCCCGUUUAAAGACUGUUGCCGAGCAACUAGAUACAUGAUGAGAAACGCUGAACUAUUUCACGUAAAUCCAUUGAAGAUAGCGGUUGCUGGAGAUAGCACCGGUGGUAACCUUGCUGCUGCCGUCGCAAUGAAGUUAUCACAGGACAUGAGUUUACAAUCGCUAGCAUUCCAAGCUAUGCUAAAUCCCACCUUACAGGCCAUUGAUUUCACACUGCCUUCGUACAUUCAACAUGAGAACGUGGCGACUGGGUUCGUCAACGGCAGGGACAAUGUAGCCCUAUUUUAUUCGAUGUACGCUCUCGGGAACGAUUCGGCGACCGAGUCAUUGCUCGAUGGCCGCGCAUACAACAAAAUACGGCGGUCUGAGAAAGUACAUAUGUUGGAUCAUAUCAACCACAGCGAAGUGCCGACGUUAUUUACAAAGGAUUGGCACGAGUCUUCAGAGAUGAGGAACGAUGGCGACAUUUCUGAUAAACUUUAUAAGCUUGUCACCAACCCGUUCUUUGCGCCGUUGAUGGCGGAGGACCACCAGCUACUGAAUGCUGUGCCACCGGCGUUUAUCCUCACCGCGGGGUUCGAUAUGCUCCGGGAUGACGGGAUACUGUUCGUUAAACGAUUGGAAGAAAAUAACAUUACCGUUAAGUGGGAGCACGUUCAUGAUGGGUUCCAUGGCAUGUUUCCUUUAGGCGGAGGACCAAUAUCAUUCGAAGCUGGCAGACACGCUAGAAAGUGUUUUGUUGAAUACGCCAGACAUAUGUUUAAAUAUGUUUAA